ACGCGCCCACCUGGCGGGCCCUGGCCGGGGACGUGCGAGACUGGGCCGCUGCCAUCCGAGUCGCCGCCCUGGACUGUGCGGAAGAGAAGAACCACGAGGUGUGCCGCGCCUACGAGAUCCACUUCUACCCCACCUUCCGGGGGGCGGACUGGAAGCUGAGAAGCAGACCCAGGUCUGUGUGCGCACGUGUGCGGUCACUCGCCUGCACCCGAGCGCAUCAUGGUGACUUUACAUCUCAGGGAAAAUGCUGAGCUUCUGGAGGUGACCUCUGAGAAGCUUGGAGACCCCCCAGCCUCUCAGCCCUCACAUCCCACGCUCUCUGUGGCGCAGCGUCAGAUGCUUCUCCUCUAAGUGUUGACCUGGUGACAGCCGUGCAUCCGUCUCCUGGCUGGGCCGUGCCCACUGGUCGGCCUGGUGCCCCAGCCCCACCAGAGUCACCCUCCCCUUGAGCCCCGUGUCAAAACGUGUUACUCUUUUAUUUCCCUGUCUUCUUUUGUUUCAGCUUUACACACAGGGCUCUGUGUGCUGUGUGUGAGCUUCGGGCCGCCUCUUUCCUCACAGGAUGUUGCUAGAAUCCCCCGCACGCUGGUAUUUUAAAGCAUUUGCAAAGGACUUUACAACUGGAGAAGAUUUUAAAGGGCCGGACAGAGAGCCGCAGACGGUGCGGCACACGAUGAUCGACUUCCUGCAGAGCCACACGGACGAAGGCAGGCCUCCCGGGUGCCCGUCUUUGAACCCCAUUCGGCCCAGGGACGUUCUUUCUCUCAUUGACAACAGCGGCGGCCAUUACGUGGCUGUCUUAUUUGAAAGCAACAGCUCCUACGUUGGACGUGAGGUGAUCUUAGACUUGAUUCCCUACGAGAACAUCGAGGUGAAGAGAGCGCUGGGCUGGGAUAAAGCCUUUCUGCAGAAGCUCGGUGUUUCUUCUGUCCCCUCGUGUUACUUGAUUUACCCAAACGGGUCCCACGGAUUAGUUACCGUCGGGAAGCCUCUCCGAUCGUUUUUCUCCUCUUAUUUGAAGUCAUUGCCGGAUGUGAGGAAGAAAUCGCUUUCAUUGCCUGAGAAACCCAGCAAAGAAGACACCUCUGAAGCCGUGGUGUGGAGGGAAUUUGACAGGUCGAAGCUGUACGCGGCUGACCUGGAAUCGGGGCUGCACCACCUCCUGAGGGUGGAGCUGGCAGCCCGCAGGUCCCUGGCCGGGGCCGAGCUGAAGACACUCAAGGACUUCGUCACCGUCCUGGCCAAGCUGUUCCCCGGGCGGCCACCGGUCAGGAAGCUGCUGGAGACGCUGCAGGAGUGGCUGGCCAGCCUGCCCCUGGACAGGAUCCCCUACGACGCCGUCCUCGACCUGGUCAACAACAAGAUGCGGAUUUCUGGAAUAUUCCUUACUAAUCACAUAAAGUGGGUUGGAUGUCAAGGAAGCCGACCAGAGCUGAGGGGCUACACGUGUUCUCUGUGGAAAUUGUUCCACACUUUGACUGUUCGAGCUGGGACCCAUCCAAAAGCGCUGGACGGCACAGGGUUUGAAGACGACCCCCAGGCAGUGCUGCAGGCCAUCAGGAGGUACGUUCACGUCUUCUUCGGGUGUAAGGAAUGCGGUGAGCAUUUUGAGGAAAUGGCUAAAGAAUCGAUGGAUUCCGUGAAAACCCCGGACCAGGCAAUCCUCUGGCUUUGGAAGAAGCAUAACGUGGUCAACAGCCGCUUGGCAGGCCACCCGAGUGAGGACCCGAAGUUCCCAAAGGUUCCGUGGCCCACUCCGGACCUCUGCCCGGCCUGCCACGAGGAGAUCAAGGGCCUGACCAGCUGGAACGAAGACCAGGUGCUCUUGUUCUUGAAGCGGCACUACGGCAGCGACAACCUCGAGGACAAGUACUCCUCGGACUUGGGAGACGCCGGUGAAGGCGCCCCGGCCACGGGCGCGGAGCGGGCGGGGGGCCACGCUUCCCCAGGGCAGCCGCCCGCAGACCAAGGUGCCGAGAGUCUCCGUCCUCCCGGCGUGCUGCCCCCCAGGCCUCGCCUGUCAGAGAGGUCGCAGCAGGCGCUGGACGUGAAGCUCGGGAGUCUGAGCGGGGCCGAGGGCCGCCGGGGGGUGGGGGCGGGGGCGGCCUUCCUGGGGACGGGCUUCUCCAGCCUGGACAUGAGCCUGUGUGUCGUGCUCUACGUGGCCUCGUCCUUGUUCCUCAUGUUCAUGUACUUCUUCUUCCGGGUGCGGUCCAAGCGGUGGAAGGUCAAGCACCACCACCCAUCCGUGUAGGACGCGGCGAGACCGCGGAACCGCCUUCAGAAAGCCUGCAGCUUUAAUCUUCAGAUCAGGGAUUCGGUCAACACGUCGGGCCUGGUGUUGCCUCCAUGGCGCCCUCCAUUCCCCCACGUGCUCUCCCUGCAGGGGACGCACCCGGCACGUGGCGAGACUGUUUGCACUCCUGGGGCCCUCAGGUGGCGCCUUGCACAGAUCCUGGAGCGGAAAGCCUUGUCUGCUCUUACUCUUCCAGGUCUGAAAAAGAAGUGGGGAGGCCAGGCCCCACGAACAGAGCUUUGCCGCCCGCUUUCAGCUCGAGUUGCUAGACUGCAAGGCCUCGCUCUGGGAUCUGGAGAAAACGCACUCUCUUCCCUCCCCCGCUGGGGCCUCCGGACGCCUCGCCUUCCCGCUGCUCCUCGAAGCCAGUGACCUCAGUGGUUCACUCGUGUUUGUGCUUUUCAGCCGCUCGGUUGUUUCUGCUUGAGGCAAGAGAACGUCUCCGGGCGCCAAGGCGGCUCCGGACCGGGGAAGGGAAGCCCCUUAGUCAGUCGUCCCGGGCUCUGCAGACGUGGAGAUGAGAGUGUGGAGGGGAAGGGGGGCCGGUGGGUUUGCGGGGCAGGGUGGUGCCCCUCUAGUCUCCAGGGGCAUCGUCUGUGCUUGUUAAUCUGGUGACCAGAGGCCGUAAGCGAAUCCCAGUCUGUGUCCACUGUGGGAGGGGAGGGCCUUUGGGGAGGGGGCUGCCUUCAGGAUCUCUGAAGAGAUCCUGUGUCGUCAUCCUCCAGCACCUGCCAGUCCCCGUGAGAACCUAGGGCUCGGUGUGAGGGAGCCGGUGGCGCCCGGGGCAGACUGUGGUCUGGGCCAAGCUUCAUUUGCCUGGGGCUGUUUCACCAUGGGUCCUGGUGCAGGGCCCCAGUGCCCCAGGCUUCGAUGAUUAAUUUGCUAACAUUGAAUGGUUUUAACACAUUAUUUGUAAAACCCAAAACAUUUGGAAGUAAAUUUGCCUCUGAAAAUGUAAACAAAGAAACAGAACAAACUAUGGCAGGGAACAUUUCCUUUGAGAUCCUUUGUGGCUUUGUUGGUUUGUCUCACGGGCUCAGAUGUAUCCAUGUGCGCGCGCGUGCGCGUGUGUAUGUGUCUGUGUGUGUGAUGGUUGUAACAGUGUUUCGUACUCUGCCUGUUCCACGCUCCAGUUGUGUGUUUACUAAGUACCGUUGACCAUGUGACCAUGUAACGCUGAUGUGACCGUUGCAGCUUAGGGAGAAUAGGGGGCUGAUUGCUUGAACAACUCGCAUGAGCUUCCUGGUCAC